GUCACUGCCUGUGCCAGGUGCUGGUGGCACCCCAUGGCCUGGCUGUCCUGCCUGCCCUCAGAGUUUGCCAGGGCCGUGCCAGCUCUGCUGGAAUCCACCAGCGUCCCUUUGGGAUUUAACCCCAGGCCUGGCUUUGCCCGGCUCUGGAAUCACCUGCAGAGCUUUUGCACCACGUGCUGGGUCUGGCUGAGGCACGCCUCUUUCAGCCCUGACCGAGGGGACAGGGACACUCAGAAGGGUGCUUCCAUCUGGGUUUUGGUGCCUCUGCUCUCCUGGAGGGAUUGGGAUUUGUCCUGGGAUGAAAAUAACGUGGUGUUGCUGAAGCCUCUGUAUUUUUGCAGCAGAGGCUGUGCCUGAGCAGGGGACAGUGCUGGAGUUCCCACGUGUUGAGAUGGGCUCCCAGGGCUUGGCACUGCCCUCACUGUCACCCUGGUGGAACAGAGGGACAGUGUCCUCAAUGCCAUCACAGUGGUGGCAUCCCCCAGGAGCAGCAUCACCUCGCUGGGACGAUUUGGGAAUGGGGGUGUGACAGUGGGGUUCAUCCAUCCAUCCUUGGAAAUGUCACAGUGGCUUUGCAGCUCUGUGUGCAGAAGGAAAGGUGAAAAGCAUCCAGAGCAGCUGAUAGGGUUUAAAAAUUUUUAAUAAUAUGAGUUAAAAAAAAAAAAACCAGCCAUUAACCCUCCAUGGGCUGUGCUGUUGGGAGGGCAGUGCCUGCUCCCAGUGGAUGAAGCUUUGUGUUGCUCAUCCCAGCUCAUCCUGCUCCUCUCCCCAUGCUGCUGGUGGCCAUGGCGCUUCCAAAAAAAACCCCAAAUGAACCUUUUCCCUUUUGCAAAGGUGUCCUGUUGCUUGCAGGGAGACAGGGAUGGGGGAAGGAGCUGUCCCUGUUCCGUUGCACUGAUGGGCCUGGUGCUGCUACCAACUCCCUGGGAAAAGCAUCCUUGAGCCAAAGCCUGUAAAUGCUGGAUAUCAUUAAUAAGAAAUUAGGAACAACCAAAAAAGGAGGAGGGGAAAAAAAAAGCCUGUGAAGCAUCUGAGUGUCCCACAGCCGGAUUGAUGCUUUUCUUCACCCAGCAGAGGCUGGGAGAUGUUUUUUGGGGUGCCCAACACCCCGGGAUGAGCCAGGUUCAGGGAGCAUCGCUGCACCCUUUCCCCUUGUCUACUCUGUGGCUGCACUUGGCUCUGCUUUGGGCACCCUUAAGCCUUUUAGGCACCACAGAAAUAAAAACCCCCAUUUGGGAUGGUGUCAGCAGCAUCCCUCCGGCCUCCGGAGCGGGACGGGCACAUCCCGGCGGGCAGGAUGCCGGCGGUGGGCGCUCGGGGCCGUGCCGGCCGGCGCCUCGCCAGGCGGGGCUGUGGCCGGGCUAUUGUUUUCCCUUCCUGCUUGUUUUUCCGGACAACCCUCUCGUAAUUAAAUAAAAUAAAAACACCCGUCGGAGAAGCGAGCGGACCCCACCCCCAGCGCGGUCCCGUGCCGAGAGCACCCGCGGAGAGCUCCCCGGGGAGGGAGGGGACAGCAGAGCGGUGAAGCUGAUAGUCGAAAAAACGACUGACUACCCUUCGGCUGAGUACUCCCUGGUGGAGGAUGUAGCCCUCCACUUCACGUGUUUGAUGGACAGACUGAACGAGCAGCGCCUCUUUCAGCCGGACCUGUGCGACGUGGACAUCGUGCUGGUGCAGCACAAGAGCAUCUUCCCGGCGCACAAGGGGGUCCUGGCAGCCUACAGCCAGUUCUUCCACUCCCUCUUCACCCAGAACAAGCAGCUGCAGCGCGUGGAGCUCUCUCUGGAGGCCCUCACCUCGCAGGGCCUCCAGCAGAUCCUCAACUUCAUCUACACCUCCAAGCUGCUCGUCAACUCCUGCAAUGUGCAGGACGUGCUGAACGCGGCCGCCGUGCUGCAGAUGAACAACAUCGCGUCCUCCUGCCAGGACCUGCUGGACACCCGCUCGCUCAGCCUGGCCACCGACAUGGCCCUGCCCGCCGAGGGCUGCGCCGGACCCCCGCCCUACUACUGCGAGAUCAAGCAGGAGGUGGACGCCCCCCACCCCAAAAUCUACGCCCGGGAGGGCAACGACCCCUUCUCGGUGCGGGUGGAGGACGGGACGGGCAGUGGGACGCUCCCCCCCGGCCCGGCCAAGCAGUACUACAAGGAGGAGAAGGAUGGAGGUCCCGCUGUCUGUAAGAUGGAGGGUGAGGAGUCCGAGGAGGACCUGGACAGCCAGGGCUCCUACAACCGGGAGCAGAUCAUCGUGGAGGUGAACCUCAACAACCAGACCCUCAACGUCUCCAAGGGCACGGAGGGGAAGGCGGCCGCCAGCGAGGCGGCUGUGAUGGGGCGGCCGGACGGGGAUGGGCGCGACACGGAGGAGGACGGGGAGGAGGAGAAUGAGGAAGGGGAGGAGGAGGAGGAAGAGGAGGAGGAUGCGGAGGUGGGGGAGGAGGAGGAGGAGGAGCGCAGCGAGGAGGAAGAUCUGGAGGAGACGACGGAAGAAGAGGAUGAUGAUGAUGAAGAUGCAUCAGAGAUGAAAAGGGAAAAGAGCGGGCAGCCCCGCAGGGGCAGCCGGGCAUCCAAAGCCACUAAACCUGCCAUGGCAACCAGGUCCCAGGAGAUGGCCAAGGUGGAAGAGGAGGAGGAGGAGGAAGAAGAAGGCCAGAGGGGAAGGAAGAGAAAGAAAGAACAAGAUGGCUUGGGCCAGAAGGUGAAGCUGGAGGAGAAGCAGCAUUAUCCGUGCAAGAAGUGUCCCCGGAUCUUCAACAACCGCUGGUACCUGGAGAAGCACAUGAACGUCACGCACAGCCGGAUGCAGAUCUGUGACAAGUGCGGGAAGCGCUUCCUGCUGGAGAGCGAGCUCCUGCUGCACCACCAGACCGACUGUGAGAAGAACAUCCAGUGUGUGACGUGCGGGAAGGGGUUCAAGAAGCUCUGGUCUCUCCACGAGCACAACAAGAUUGUCCAUGGCUAUGCAGAGAAGAAGUUCUCCUGCGAGAUCUGCGAGAAGAAGUUCUACACCAUGGCCCACGUGCGCAAACACAUGGUUGCACACACCAAGGACAUGCCCUUCACCUGCGAGACCUGCGGGAAGUCCUUCAAGCGCAGCAUGUCCCUCAAGGUCCACUCGCUCCAGCACUCCGGGGAAAAGCCUUUCAAAUGUGAGAACUGCAACGAGCGCUUCCAGUACAAGUACCAGCUGCGCUCCCACAUGAGCAUCCACAUCGGCCACAAGCAGUUCAUGUGCCAGUGGUGUGGCAAGGACUUCAACAUGAAGCAGUACUUUGACGAGCACAUGAAGACGCACACGGGGGAGAAGCCCUACAUCUGUGAGAUCUGCGGGAAGAGCUUCACCAGCCGCCCCAACAUGAAGCGGCACCGCCGGACCCACACUGGGGAGAAGCCGUACCCCUGCGACGUCUGCGGCCAGCGCUUCCGCUUCUCCAACAUGCUCAAGGCCCACAAGGAGAAAUGUUUCCGCGUCAGCAACCCCUUGGCUUCGGACACGGCCGUCCCCCAACCCGCCACCAGCCCGGCUCCGCUGCCCCCCGGCCCCGGCGUCUCCCCCCUGCCCCUGCCGCUGCUCCAUCCUCUUCCACAGACCCUCCCUCCUCCUCCUCACCUACCACCACCCCCUCCCCUGUUUCCCGCGGGGAGGAUAAAUUCAAACAACAAUUAGGUGCCCUCCCCCUGACCCCGGCCAUGCGCCUGCACGGACUGCACUGCCCUUCGGGAACGCCUUUCCCCCAGGGAGCUAAGGCUUUGCUUGCUCUCUACCCCCCCCUUCCUCCUCAUUUUGGGGUUGUUUUGGGUUUUUAUUCCUUUUUCUCACCCGUCAUUCUCCGCAGAGAGGGGGAGCAGGAGGAAGCCCCUCCCCACCCUGAGGAACGUGGGUGUUGGGGGGGAAACCGCCGUCCGUCCAUAAGGGUGUAGGUAAAAGGUGUCACUCUCAGUUUCAUCUUCCCACGCGCUGGCAUCACCUUCCUGCUGGGAUGCUGGUGAGGCUGGGAGGAGCAGGAUAUCCGGGCUUGAGCUUGCUGGCCGGUGCAUCAAUAUUUCGAAGCCGAAUUUCUAGUUAGUGGUGCUUGAAUCCCUGUACUGUAAAGCUGGUCUUUCAAGUCAGGCUCUUCACCCACGGGGUUGAAAGGUGGGCACCCCACUGCCUGCCCCAGUGGCCCGUGGCGAGCGAGCAGGUGUCCCCAUUGGAAAGCCAUGAGCACGCUCUCGUUAGCAGCCCUCGACACGUCUUCCUUCCCUACAAACAGGUUUUCCUCCUCCGCAGGCAAAAGCACAAACACCCACCUUGCAUCUCGGGGCAUCUGCAACUCGCUGUCGGUUCAGUUCUGGGGUGCCCUAAGGGAGCUGGGUUCUGGUGUGCCCUUUCUGCUAAUCCCAGCAGGAGCUGGGCUCCUGGGGAUGCUCUGGAGUCGGGGAGCUGUUCCUGGGAGAGCUCAGGUACCUUUGGGACCCGCAGGAGGGUAGCCUGGGACAGAGGAGCAGGACACUUCUGUUUCUCGGCAGAAUCGGCCCAGAAUAGUGCCUUAACAAUCUGAACAAACCCCUGAGGGAUGGGUGAGCUCCAGGUCAGUCCCACUGCAAGGUUCAGAGCUAAAGCAGGACCAUGUUCAGCCUGGGGGUCAUGAUGUCCCAAUCUCCAGUUUGUUGCCUGCUUUUUUCUCCCAAGCUUCACUUCUCCUUGUGGUGCUGGCAUCCAUUGCCCUGUCCUGGUUUGGGGGGACCAGAGGGGACCAGUGAGGGUUGUGGUUGUUUUGGUGAUGCUCUGUGGUGUUGCUUAGUGCUUGUUGAAGAUGUCGAAGUUGAGCUGGUCUUUGGUUUCACUUAAAAAUAAUAUGGCUGGCUUCAUGCUGAGGAGGAGGAGAAGAGGAAGGCUUUGCUGUCACCUUUCCGUUGGGCACUGAGGUCCCAGCAGGGUCUCUCACUGCUGUGCUCUGCCCCAGGGUGCCAUGCAUUGUCCUGACCAUGGCUGUGUGGUCCCUGCCGGGGGAAGUGUCCCCUGUGGAGUCAGAGAGCACCCAGCACGGGCAGAGCAGGGCUGGCAAGAGGUGGGGGCGUUCCAGCUGAUCCUAUGCUUCUAAAGCCAGUGUGGGUCAGGUCAUGGGGGAGGUGGCAGAAGCACUGUUGGUAGGUGAGAAGGAAAGAGGUCACUGAGUGGGCUGCAGGAGCCUUUUGUCACAUGCAGCUUGUGCUGGAGGACAGCAAAGUGCUGGGAACAGGGAGCCACAUCUGGCUCUGUGAAAAGCCUUGGUGCUUCGUCUCCUGGACCAAAUCAGCAAAGCUC